GCCACAUUCAUUUCUUUCUGUCCCUUGUUAUGUUCAAACACCCUUUAUUUACUUUAUUUAUACUUAGGAAUUCUAAACAGCCUUUCUGUUGAAUAUGCUCUUCAGUCCUUUUCUAUUUAUCAACCUUCAUUUUCUGAUUUUCUCAGCACCCCUUGAUGUUUUUUCAGUAAAAUUUUAGUCUUUUGGUUCUAAUCGUAAAUUUAAGCACUUUUGUCAUCCGGGUUUAUCCAGUUCUUGAAUUUUAGCAUUUUACAGAGAAGAAAGAUUGGGGUUUUGUGUUAAAAAUUCAAACUUUUUGCCCUUUUCUUGAUUUUAGAUACUUUAGUUUACUGGGUUUUAUUCAGUUCUUGAAUUUGGAUUAUUUGUAAACAUAAAUCUUGAUCUGGGAAUUUUUGAACUGCAAAAAAUGGGAGGUUGUUUCAGCAAGAAAGAUAAUCAAGCAGCUGCUAAUGGGCAUAGAUCAGGGGCCACUGCAUAUCAUACAGUUACUGCCCAGAGCUAUGAAAAGUCAUCUCAAAGGCCUCAACAGACUCAGACUCAGCCUCAGCCUCAGCAGCCUCAGGUUCGGCAUACAAGUCCACCAAAACCAAGGCAAGUUGUUAAAUCAGACCCAAACACUAUUCUAGGCAAGCCAUUUGAAGACAUUAGAGCUACUUAUACUCUUGGUAAAGAAUUGGGUAGGGGUCAAUUUGGUUGUGUCUAUCUUUGUACUGAAAAUUCAACUGGUCAUUUAUAUGCUUGUAAGUCUAUUUUGAAAAGAAAGCUUGUUAGCAAGAAUGAUAAGGAGGAUAUGAAGAGGGAGAUUCAGAUUAUGCAGCAUUUGAGUGGGCAACCUAAUAUUGUGGAAUUUAAGGGUGCUUAUGAGGAUAGACAAUCUGUGCAUCUUGUGAUGGAGCUUUGUGCUGGUGGGGAGUUGUUUGAUAGGAUUAUAGCCCAGGGACAUUACUCAGAGAGAGCGGCUGCUACGAUCUGUAGGCAAAUUGUGAAUGUUGUCAAUGUUUGUCAUUUUAUGGGAGUGAUGCAUAGGGAUCUCAAGCCGGAAAAUUUCUUGCUUUCUGGUAAAGAUAAGAACGCCAUGUUGAAGACUACUGACUUUGGGCUGUCUAUCUUUAUUGAAGAAGGAAAGGUUUAUCGUAAUAUAGUUGGUAGUGCUUACUAUGUCGCUCCUGAAGUACUACGGCGUAGUUACGGAAAGGAAGUUGAUAUCUGGAGUGCAGGAGUUAUUUUGUAUAUUCUACUCAGUGGCGUACCUCCAUUUUGGGCUGAAAAUGAAAAAGGAAUAUUUGAUGCAAUACUUGAAGGAGAAAUUGACUUUGAAAGCGAACCAUGGCCAUCAGUCUCAAACAGUGCAAAAGAUCUUGUCAGAAAGAUGCUGACACAGGAUCCAAGGAAAAGAAUUACUUCUGCGCAAGUUCUUGAACAUCCAUGGAUUAGAGAAGGCGGAGAAGCAUCAGACAAGCCAAUAGAUAGUGCAGUCCUCUCCAGAAUGAAACAAUUCAGAGCAAUGAACAAGCUCAAACAACUCGCACUUAAGGUCAUUGCUGAAAGUCUGUCUGAGGAAGAAAUUAAAGGUCUUAAAGCAAUGUUCACAAACAUGGACACAGACAGAAGUGGUACAAUUACAUAUGAGGAAUUGAAGUCAGGACUGGCACGGCUAGGCUCAAAGCUAUCAGAAGUGGAAGUCAAACAACUGAUGGAGGCUGCUGAUGUAGAUGGAAAUGGCACAAUUGACUACCUUGAAUUUAUUACUGCUACUAUGCACAGACACAAGCUUGAAAGCUAUGAGCAUUUAUACAAAGCAUUUCAGUAUUUUGACAAGGAUAGUAGUGGUUUCAUUACGAGAGAUGAACUUGAAUCUGCAAUGAAGGAGUAUGGAAUGGGUGAUGAUGCUACAAUCAAAGAUAUAAUCUCAGAAGUGGAUACCGAUAAUGAUGGAAGAAUUAAUUAUGAUGAGUUCUGUACAAUGAUGAGAAGCGGGGCAAAACAGCAAACCAAGCUUUUUUAAUGUCUCGCCAAUCUGUUAGCUUCGAACGCCGUUCUCCUCAUUCUCACUUGCAAUCUACUGAUUACUAGCAAACAGCAAAAGACAAGGCAAAUAUACAGCUAUAGGUAUGAGGUUUCCUGCUGUUAAUAUCUAAAUGUUGACUACAAAGAGACGGGUGAUAAAAGUUGAUGAGUCUUUUUGCUUGAGUUAUAACGUGAUUGUUUAUAUAUCAAUUUCAAGACCUGAUUUCCUUCUGCUGUGUACAUUUCAAAUUUUUUGACCAACAGUUGUUAAGCAAGAGGUCCGUCCGUGUAUGAGAAAUGUGAAAAUUGUUUUAAUGGUUGACAAAAGCAGUUGUAUGAGGUAUUUAAUGUUGAUAUAUGACAUUAUAUUUGCUA